AUGGCCGAGAAUAACGCAACUGGAACUUUUUUAGAUGGAUACAGAACUGAAGCGGGAAUUCAACGAUUGCAUGGGACAAAAAGAUUUAAGAAGACGGAUGAAAAGUCUAGAAUUAUAAGGAGAAAUAAAGAGGCUGCACGAAUUGCCAACUAUAGAAAACUGCAAGAUACUGUUUUCACGGGAUACGAAAAGAACUUAUAUAAUAAUGAGACAUUUAAAUUUACCACAAAGUUAUUGAAUUGGAACCCAGAAUUAUACACUGUGUGGAAUUAUAGAAGAGAUAUUUUAAUCAAUUCAAAAUUUCCGGGAAUGAAUACCGAUCAAAAGCACAAUUUUUUAGAACAGGAACUAAGAUUUGUCUUAGUACAACUGAAAAGCUUUCCAAAGUGCUAUUGGAUAUGGAAUCACAGGAAGUGGUGCCUCAAAGAAGAUCUUAGAGCAGAUUAUGAUCUAGAGAUGAAUUUAAUUAAUAUGUUCUUCCAAGUGGACGAAAGAAAUUUUCAUGCAUGGGGCUAUAGAAUGUUUAUAGCCGAUUGUAUAAAAGAUUCUAAGCAAACAGAGGAGGACAGGAUGAAUGUUUAUCAAAAAGAGUUUGUUUUCACUACUAGAAUGAUAAAGAGAAACAUUUCUAAUUAUUCGGCCUGGCAUAGAAGAUCUGUCCUUGUUGAUUUAUUAAUUAAUACAAAUGCAAAACUACCUAAGAUAAUUGAUGACCCAAAACAGGAGCUUUAUAGGAACGCAUUUAACCAAAAGGACAAAGCUGAAUUUCUUCGAUUAGAAUAUGAAGUAUUUCUGAAUGCAAUAUAUACAGAUCCAGAUAAUUCAUCCGUUUGGAUUUAUGGGAAAUGGCUUUUUAGUGAUAGCUUUUAUGAUGACAUGGACUUUAAUUUUGGAAACAGUUUUCUUGAUCAAGCAUACGGAGCAGUGAAUGAACUAGCUGAAUUAGAACGCGAAGAUAUGACGGGUAAGGAAAAUCAAUGGUGUAUCAAAUUUAAUCUUUACUUAUUGAAAUUCAAAUUUGUGCGUUACAGGAAGUGUGGUGAUAUUAACAAAUAUCCGGAAUUUUUAAAAUCUAAGUUUGCGGAGUUGAAGAAAAAGCUAAUCAAAAUUGAUAAUAUGCGUAAGCAAAGAUACCUUGAUUUUUCAUUGGAAAGUACAUAG